UCGUUCGCAAUAUUUAUCAUAACGAACACUAAUUUAUAAAUACUAUUCGGCCGAAACAACAAUACGUGCGUAGUUCGGGAAAUGCCGAUGAUGGUAUCGUUGAAAUAGGAAUCUUCAGUAUACUUCGAACUUGCGUGGCUGACUGGUGUGGUACAUUUAUCUGACUCACUUACAACAGGAAGUCUCUCGUUUUUAAUUCAUUACACCGUAGCCACACAAGAACACGAAAAUGUUGAAACAACACCUUGACAUGAUCGGCAGGAACGAACCCAUCCAGAGAAAAGCCAGAUUCUGGCAAUCCUACGUCAGAGCAUUAAAAGGAUCCGACGACAUGAGGGCACCGGAAAUCACACACUACCACACCCCCGGCAGAGGAGUGUUCAGGCCCAUCUUGAGCGCCGACUACCCGACAUGGCCCAGCUACAAGUCCAUCUACGACGACCCAAAGCACCCAUCGGACAGAAUCAACACACCGGGAUACCGUUACCUGCCAAUCUCCAGAGACACAUACGGCAUAUCGCCCAGGAACAUUUACCCGCACAACUACCACUCCGACCGCUACCCUUCAUACGAUCACUAUCACAGCGAACCGUACAAAGCGCUACAAGAUUGGACGGAUCAUUUGGAUCGCAUGGCCGAACUGAACAAAAUAUUCCCCGGAGACCAUCCGGCGUACUACGAGCCAAAGAAACCCUUACCGUUACCGGAAAGACGAGCGAAAUCCCUACCGCCCGUCAGAGGUUACAACUUCUCAGGUUUACCUAUUUACUCGACCGGCGGCGUUAAGAGACGACCACUGUCCGAGUUGUUUGAGCCAAGCGUAUACACACCCAGGUCCAGAUACGUCCGGGACCCAUGGUGGUGGGAAUACCCACAUCUGAAACCCUUCACUCCGGUUAGUUCAUCGUACAGGCCACCCGCAAAAUCUUAUCUGAGAAACAGCUACUUGUCACCGGUGAAGAGGACCUACUUGUGGGGACACCAUCCCAUCAGGCCGUUCACUCCAAGCUACUAUUAUUAAAAACAAAAACACAAAAACAAAAAAAUGUCUCAAAAAAGUACAAGCUUUACCAUGGGGCAGCCAUCAUCGUCUCCAUCUAAAAGUUGAGUUCAAACAUGAGACGCCACGCAAAUAACGCAACCAUCGUGAGAAGCUAAACAGUCGAAAAUGUAAUAAUUUAUUUUUAUAUACAUCACUUCGAAACACUUCAGUCCAUCAAUUGCAUUGUUUAUUAUUUAUUAAAUGUAUUGACACACACACUGCGCUUUAAUAAACAGAAUCCGGAAGUC